UUUGCCUCUGCCUUCCAAACACAACCUCAACAUCCGGGCAGGAGUUUUCAAACAACACUGGCUAGCCGGUUAGCCGCUAAACAUUUUUGCUCAGGGAAUUACGGCUAACUUUUCUGAGAUUUUGCCGUGGGCUAGCCUGUUGUUUAACCAGCCAGCGAUGUCAGCGAGCUCCAAGCGGAGACGAGCUACUUCUCCCUCCAGCAGUGUGAGCGGAGGGGGAGACCUCGAUGAUGUCUCUUCCUCUACUCCUGGAAGUGGCAGAAAAAGAAAAAGAGUCUCCAAUGUCCCUCCUGUGGAUACGAUUGCUGUAUGCCAUGAAUUGUUCAACACUAUCAGAGACUACAAGGAUGAUCAAGGGAGGCAGCUUAGUGAAGUCUUCCAAAGGGUGCCAAAGAGGAGGAAUCAGCCUGAUUAUUAUGAAGUGGUGUCCCAGCCAAUUGAUAUGACGAAGAUUCAGUAUAAACUGAAGUCUGAGGAUUAUAAUGAUGUUGAGCAGCUUACUGCAGAUUUUCAGCUCCUGUUCAACAAUGCCAGAUCAUUCUACAAGAGGGACAGUGAGGAGUAUCAAGCUGCAUGCAAGCUUUGGGAAGUGUAUUUUCAAACAAGGAAUGAGUUUGUGCAACCUGGAGACAGAGAUGAGGAUGAUGAAGAUGGCGAUGAUAUGGAUAACCCAGGAAUGGCAACUGAAGAGGAGACUUCAGCUGGAAGUUUGAAGGAAGUGCUGGAGCAACUUUUGGAGGCUAUAGUCUCACAUGCUGAUCCCUCAGGGCGUCUGGUCAGUGAACUGUUCCAGAAAUUGCCUUCCAAAGUGCAUUACCCAGACUACUAUGCCAUUAUAAAGGAGCCGAUAGAUCUGAGAACAAUCGCUCAAAGAAUACAGAUUGGAUACUAUAAAAAUGUCAAUGCUAUGGCCAAGGAUGUUGAACUGAUGACCAAAAAUGCUAAAACUUACAAUGAGCCAGGAUCUCAGGUUUUUAAGGACGCCAACACCAUAAAGAAAGUCUUCAUCCAACGUAAGACAGAGCUUGAGCACGCAGAACCUACUAAAUCUAGUCUUCGUAUCAGAAAUCGCAGGUCUGGUCAGGGAGAUCGAAUUUCUGGUGUCAGUGUAGCUCUACAGUAUGGCUCUGAGAGUGAGGACGAUCCUGUGCUCUCAGGUUCUGUAUGCUAUGAUGAGGGAGAGUCAGAAGCUGAGAGUCAGAGUUCAAGUAUGGAGAUGAGCAACCCAAUCUUCCAACUGUACGAAGCUGUGAGGGGUGCCAGAAAUAACCAGGGCCAGAUGUUCUCUGAACCCUUUCAGCAGCUGCCCUCUCGCAGGGAAUACCCCGACUAUUAUCAGCAGAUAAAACAACCCACUUCUCUCCAGCAAAUCAGGGCAAAGAUGAAGAAUGGCGAGUAUGAAAGCGUGGAACAAAUUGAGGCUGACCUCAAUCUGAUGUUUGAGAAUGCAAAGCGCUACAACAUGCCUAACUCAAGCAUCUAUAAACGGGCUUUCAGGCUUCAGCAGAUCAUGCAGGCAAAAAAGAGGGAACUUCUAAGGAGAGAUGACGAAGAUGGGGACAGCAUUCUGUCUUCUGAUGCAGGGAGCGUUAAGAGAAAAAGCCACAAAAAAAAUGUGAAAAAGAACCGAAUGAAAGCCUUUUAUGCUGCCGUGACCGAGGCCAGGGAGGCAGGCACAAAUCGACGUCUGUGUGAUCUCUUUAUGGUUAAACCAUCCAAGAAGGAUUACCCUGACUACUAUAAUGUCAUCCUUGAACCGAUGGACCUGAAAACAAUUGAACAUAACAUUCGCAAUGAGCGCUAUGCCACAGAGGAAGCUCUGAUGGAAGACAUGAAGCUAAUGUUCCGCAAUGCCCGGCAUUACAACGAAGAGGGAUCUCAGGUAUAUAAUGAUGCUGACAUUUUGGAAAAGAUACUGAAAGAUAAGCGCAAGGAGAUGGGUCCUCCACCUGAGGAGGAGGAUGUGGGAUCUCCCAAACUGAAACUAAGAAAGAGUGGUGUUUCUCCAAAGAAGUCCAAAUACCUCACCCCUCUUCAGCAGAGGUUAAAUGAGCUGUAUGAUGCUGUGCGAAACUUCACUGACCGCCGAGGUCGGCGCCUAAGCACAAUCUUCCUCCGUCUACCCUCUCGUGCCGAGUUGCCUGACUACUACGCUACAAUCAAGAGACCAAUCGACAUGGAACGUGUGCGAAGCCACAUGGCUGCAGGCCGUUACCAAGAUGUCGACGCCCUGGUGGAGGACUUUGCUUUGAUGUUCAAUAAUGCCUGCAUAUACAACGAGCCUGAGUCUCUGAUUUAUCGGGAUGCUUUAGUGUUGCACCGAGUGUUGUUGGAGACACGGAAACAGCAAGAGGGAGGGGAGGAGUUUGGCCCUCCAGCUGUGGGUCUUCUGGUGCGAGAACUGAUCAGGAACCUGUUUGUAUCCGUGAUGGGUCACCAGGAUGAAGAGGGUCGCUGCUAUAGUGACUCACUGGCUGAGAUUCCUGCUGUUGAUCCAGCUGCUCCUGAAAAGCCGCCGCUUAAUUUUGAUGUCAUCAGAAUGAAUGUGGAGCGCGGUCGCUACAGGAGACUCGAUGUCUUCCAGGAACACACGUUUGAAGUGCUAGAGAAGGCAAGAAGGUUACACAGGACUGACUCUGAGAUAUUUGAGGAUGCAGUGGAGCUACAACAGUUUUUCAUCAAAAUCAGGGAUGAGCUGUGCAAGAAUGGCGAGAUUUUACUGUCCGUUGCACUCAACUACACGUUAAAACACCUCCACAGUGACGUAGACCAGGAAAAGAGGGAGAAAAUUCCCAAAGAGAUUGAAGAGGACAAACAAAAGAAGGAUGAGGAUGAAAACCAAGAAGACGAGAAGCCCGAGGACCUGGCGGGAGAGGCGUGGCAGUCAAAGCCAGAGCAUGUGUACAGUCAAGACUGCAGAUUUGAAAACAGUACCUACCACGUGGGGGACUUCGUCUAUGUGGAGCCGUCAGAACCAAACCUCCAGCCCCACAUUGUCUGUAUAGAACGUCUUUGGGAGGAUGAAGCAGGUGAGAAGUGGCUCUAUGGCUGCUGGUUCUACAGACCCAGUGAAACCUUUCACUUGGCCACACGCAAGUUUCUGGAAAAAGAAGUCUUCAAGAGUGACUACUACAACAAAGUGUCCAUCAGUAAGGUUUUGGGCAAAUGUGUGGUCAUUUUUGUGAAGGAUUAUUUCAAAAUGCAACCCGAGGGCUUCAGACCUGAGGACGUUUAUGUGUGUGAAUCCCGCUACACUGCCAGGAACAAGUUUUUCAAAAAGAUCAAGAUUUGGGCCAUGCCGGAGAGUUCCUUUAAAUUAGUCCCUCGGGAGUCGCCUCUUCCUGUUGUUCGUGUAGCCUCAAUGUUUGUGAAGCCUGACCAGGAAAAACCGGUGGCAUAUACAGUCAAUGGCUUUGUAGAGAAGGAGAGAGAGGAUGUCCCUACGGAGAUGAGUGGAGCUGAGCCCGGCUGCCAGUACUAUGAACAGUUAUGCUACAAAAACAUGUGGUUUAAAGUGGGAGACUGUGUUUACAUUCAGUCUCAUGGAUUAUCAAAACCUAGGGUUGCCAGGAUAGAGAAGCUGUGGCUACAGAAUGGAACUACAUUCUUCUUUGGACCCAUCUUCAUUCACCCUGAGGAAACGGAGCAUGAGCCCACGAAGAUGUUUUACAAGAGGGAGGUGUUUCUGAGUCAUUUGGAGGAGACGCUGCCCAUGACUUGUGUCAUAGGCAAAUGUGUAGUGUCUUCCUUUAAGGACUACCUGUCAUGCAGACCCACCGAGCUUUCAGAAGACGAUGUACUGCUGUGCGAGAGCCGUUACAUUGACAGUGAGAAGAUGAUGAAAAAGUUCAAGGGUCUGAAACGCUUCUCGUACUCUUCCAAAGUGGUUGAGGAUGAAAUCUACUACUUCAGAAAAUUAAUAGUGCCACAGAAGGAAGCAUCACCAAUUUUGGACAAGAAGAUAGAUGAGCUUGAGGUUAAACUGGCAGAUAUGGAGGAUGCAGAUGAUGACAUGGAAGACAUGGAUGAGGAUGAGGAAGCUCCAGAGACACCUUCUUUGCCUCAGAUGCAAACCCCACUUACAAACGACAUGGAUGUCAUGCCAUACACACCCUCGCAGACCACUCCUAAGGUUAAAGGCUUGUCAAAGAAGGAAGGGGCCAAGAGAAAGAUCAACAUGAGUGGUUAUAUCCUCUUCAGCAGUGAAAUGAGAGCAGUGAUAAAAGCUCGUCACCCAGACUUUUCCUUCGGGGAGCUGAGUCGACUGGUAGGCACCGAGUGGAGGAACCUCGAAGCUUCCAAGAAGGCAGAGUAUGAAGAGCGUGCAGCCAAAAUAGUGGAACAGCAAGAGCGUGAGAGGCCACCUCAGAAGCAAGCUUCCCCAAGAGCAGGUACCCCUGUAGGGGCACUGAUGGGGGUGGUACCUUCGCCUAGCACUAUGGGAAUGAUAAACCAGACCAUGACACCUGUGUCAGGCAUGAUGGGAGCUUACGGUCCACCUUACAUGCCAAUGCAGGGCCCCCAUGAGGGUUUGCUGAGUGUGGCCCCAAUGCCACCUCACCCUACAGGGGGUCCUCACCUGCCUCCUCACCAUCUCCAGCAAGGUAUGCCCGGGUACCCUGGCAUGCCUCAUCAGGGGAUGAUGGGCACUGGUAUGAAUGGCAUGGCGGGAAGUCCUGCACAAGGAAACUUUAUUCAGCAGCCUGGGAUGUUUAGCCCAGGACAGCAUGCUCCUCCACCCUACCCUGGACAAGGACAGUUAGGCCAACCCUCACAUUUGCAGCCCACCACUCCCAUGUUUGUGGCUCCACCACCAAAGACUCAGAGAGUGCUUCACUCAGAGGCCUACCUGAAGUACAUAGAGGGCUUAAAUUCAGACUCCAGCACUGUUAGCAAGUGGGACCAAGCACUCAAAGCGCAAAGGCGAGAUUCUCACCUGACCAAAGAACAAGAGAGUCGGCUGCCAGCUCACUGGCUGAAGAGCAAAGGAGCCCACACCACCAUGGUGGAUGCACUGUGGCGUCUGCGUGACCUGAUGUUAAGAGACUCUCUGAACAUCUGUCAGGCUCACAACCUGUAACCUGUUGAACUUACAGACCACUCUGCUCAGUCACUGCUCUUAUCCUCAAGUCACAGAGUUUAGCUUGUAGACCCUAGAAGCAAUAUUUUAUAGUGAAUCAUGAGCAAUUUUAUAUUUAUUAGCUAACAGUUAAUUGUGUGCUGCAUUUCAUUUUUUUUAUACCAUUUGGAUGAAUAGUUCUGCUAAACCUGUGAUUUUUGGCUUAUUGGUGCAAAUAAAUUUGUCAAUACCCCAAAUA